AUGCAUGGAUUUGAACAAGUGUAUGAGAUGUUCAAGAAAAAAUCCCCACCAAACUUUGAGGGGAAACCAGAUCCUAUGGAGGCUGAAGAUUGGCUCAAGUCAAUGAAGGCUAUCUUUCAACACAUGUAUUUAAAUGACCGAGAGAGGAUAUCUUGUGCAUCCCUCUUACUGAAGAACGAUGCGAGAAUCUGGUGGGAUGUCAUCAGACGAACUCGGGAUUUAGCCAUUAUGACUUGGAAUGACUUCGUGUUGGCCUUCAAUAAGAAGUAUUACAGUGUUGCAGUCAUGGCCACCAGGGUCGAUGAGUUCAUGACGCUAGUUCAAGGGAACCGCACUAUCACAGAAUGCGCACAACAAUUUGACAGAUUGGCUAGAUUUUCACCAGAAAUAGUUUCGACGAAAGCCAUGAGGAUCUAG